UAUACUCACGCAGAUGCGUUGGCAAGCGCAUUUUGAGCCGUUAGAUAUCAUCCUUCGGAAAUUCCUUCCUUAUAAGAGCGGGUUUCUUAAUUUCUCUUUCACAUUCAAAACCUCCUAGGUUGCUCCUUUUUUUCUAACAGAAGAUGGGGUUCUGGCUUGUGUUAUGGACUUGGCUAGAAGGGUUUCUUCUCUUUGCAAAUGCAUUGGCAAUUCUGAAUGAGGACCGGUUCCUUGCCCGAAGAGGAUGGACAUUGGCAGAAAUGACAGGACCUCAAAGGAAUACUCUUAAAGGACAAGUCAUAGGACUCAUUCACGUUUGUCAAUAUAUGAGACUUCCCCUUAUUUUCUUCAAUAUUCUCGUUAUCACUAAGAAACUGAUCGCCGGAUAACUUGAAUAGCGAGUGAACAUGUAAAUUUUAUGUUUUAUGCUCCGACUCGGCUACAGUUUACAACGCUGUGAAAACUCUACUGAGGUAUGUAUAAUUAUCAGAAUUUAUCAGUUCGGGGUUGUAUUGUAUCUGUAUUGAAAUUAUCUUCA